GACUGCUGCCGCUAAUUGGAGCACCAUUCAUCUUUCAUCCAGCAGCUGGCCGUAGCUCUCCCAGUUGCCCGUUGUCCUUUUGACCUUAUCAUCUUGGCCGUCCCCGCGUCCUACCCUGGAGCGGGUAGGAAGGAUGGAGGAACGGGAACCCGAUCUCAACUCCCCCUCCCGAACCAAUAAUGGACGGAUCAAGCUCAACGUCGGCGGCAAGCUAUUCGAGACCACCGGGCAUACCCUCCGCUCCGGCGGCCUGGAUUCCCUCCUCGCCGCCCUCUCCGACCGGGCGGCCGAAGACGGCGAGCCCAUCUUCAUAGACCGGGACCCCGAGAUCUUCUCCAUCCUCCUUUCCCUCCUCCGCUCCGAUCGCCUGCCCUCCACCUCCCGCCGAUUCUCCAAGCAAGAUCUCGUCGAGGAGGCUCAGUACUAUGGCAUCGAAGGCCGCCUCCGAACCGCCAUGGCGCCGCCGCCACUCCUCGGCUUCGACGCCGCCCUCGCCGCCACCAUCCGCCCCGCCUCCGAUGGCUUCCCCACCGCUCUUUCCGCCGGAUCCGAGGACGGAUCCGUCUGGAUCGCGCACGCCGGCCAGAUCUCCGCCUACGACUGGAGCCUCGCCCACGCCGGGACCGUGCGGACGCACCUGGACCAGAUCACCUCCCUCCGGCACGUGUGGCCGGAGAUCGCGGGGAUCGGCUCCCUGGACUCCCCCGGCCUCCACUUUUACGACGUCACCAGUGGCCGCCACGUCGGGUCCGCCCACUGGUCCGACCCGUCCGACCCCCGGGUGUACAAGGCCCGAGUCACCGCGAUCGCCGCUGCGGCGGGCGCCGAAAGCUCUGGCGAGCCGGUGUUCGCGGCGUUCGAGUGCCCGCACCGGGAGAACUGCAUCCUGGCGGUGGACAGGGCGACGCUGAAGAUCGCGGGGGAGAUCGGGCGGCAGAACGGGAGCGCGGCGAAGGCGGCGGCGGCGGGGAAGCUGGUGCACGUGCGGGAGCGGGGAGUGGUGUUCGCGGCGGCGGUGAGCGUUGGGGCGUUCGGCUACUCGGGGUACAUGAGGCUAUGGGACCCACGGUCCGGGGAGGCGGUGUGGGAGACGAGCGAGCCCGGGGGAGCCGGGCGGAGCACCCGGUUCGGGGACGCGUUCGCGGACGCGGACGUGGACGUGGAUACGGAAGGGCAAAGUGCGCCGGCGAUCUACAAGGUGUGCUGGAAGACGGGGGACGUCGGGAUGGCGGACAUGAGGAUGCUGGGGGAUGACCCCUGGGUGUACCUGGAGGAGCGGAGCCCCGGGCUCAGGAACGCGGGCGGCGGCCUCAACAGCGUGCUGCACUGCUACAAGGGACAGGUGUUUGUGAGCCGGGAGGGAGGCCUGGAGGUGUGGUCGCGCAUAGAAGACGACGAGGAGGAGGAGGAUAAGGAUGGAGGGAUUUCUGGGAGGAGGUACAGGAGGAAUUUUGUGGACAGCGAGGACGACGCGAGGCGGGGACUGGUAAAGAGGAUGGAAGGGGGUGGGAAUCGGCUGUUCGUGAGCAGGGAACGGGUGGAGGGGAUUGAGGUGUGGGAGAGCUCCGACUUGUCGGGCGCUAUCUCCCUCCUGUAGCUAGUAAUUCUAUCAUCACAUGGUUCCAGACUGCUUUGCUAUUUCAGCUGUUCCAGCAUUCAAUGAGAAUCAAAAUCUUAUAGAGAAACAUCCCGCUUUCUUUGUUCAUCUUCCUGGAAUCAGGUGUUCGAUCAAAGCGAUAUGCAACUUUGGAGCGUACACAGAUGAAGAGAAGCUCAGAAACCAAACCAACAUCAAAUCUUAUGCAGUGGCCACGGACAACAUGUUUUUAACCAAGAAGAACGUUAGAUGUUUUCAAAAUGCUGGGACAACAGCUUGAAUAGACGAGGUUUAACCAUGUAUCUUUCACCUCUAUGAACCAGAACAGGUCGAAAAGAAAAAAAAUGCAGAGUUCAUGGAAUAUAGCGCCCUGCAAAACUGAAGAUUCCAAGCGGUACGAGGGCAAAAAGUCCAAUAUCUUGUAUUCAAAUGCACUUUUUUUUGUGAACUUUAUUUAGAUUCAUAUACAGUAUCAUGUACGGGGCAAAAUUGGUGCCAAUUCAAUCAAUACUUGAGGCACAACAUCUUGAAUUAGAA